UGUCUUCAACUUUUCCAGAUAACUUGUACAUAGCAUCAUAGCUUGGCGCAAAUAAGUAGCACCAAGGCUCGAGGCUCAAGCAUGUAUGGUUGUUGGCUGACAAGGCAUUAGUUCAAAUGCCUGCCAACCCAUGUCCAACCAUGUUGUGCAAUCUCACAUGUCCAUGUAUUGGCGCUCACGCAUCGCCCCAUAAAUAAGGGCUGGGGGCUUGUACAUCUCCUUUAAAGUACUGGACGCACGAUAGUUCCGCUCCGCACUGACAGCAUGAGCGGCCUCGUAUUUUAUGCUCCACCAGUAGCUCCUCUACUUGCUUCGUCGUCUUCCAGCGACGUACGGCGCCAUAGAUAUUCUAUUUCAGUUAGAAGCGAGAGACAUGUUGUGACGGACUUGUCAGGCGAUGUCGUCGCAGACACAAGCGUUCCAACAACAUCAGGAGGUAUCACAGAUGUUUGGAAAUGUACGUGGUUCAAGGACACCGGCUCCAUCAAGGUUGCAGUGAAGACGUUUCGGAUCGAGAAUACAAGCCAGGGUGAACUCGCUGAAACGCACAAAAUAUGGUCACAGCAAAUUCAUGCCUGGGCGAAGCUUGAACACGAAAAUAUACUUCCUUUAUAUGGCGUUAUCAUGGACUUCGGCCCAAUAGUAUCAGUAGUCCAUCCUUGGAAAGAAAACGGAACCCUCUCCAGUUAUUUAUCAUGCAAACAUGCAACGUUGACUGUUCAAGAUAAAUUCAAACUUCUCGAAAACAUUGUCUCGGGACUUCACUAUUUGCACUCUCAUGGCAUUAUACAUGGAAAUCUUUCUGGCAACAACGUGCUGGUAGAUGCUCUUGGUAGAGCCAGUCUAGCGGACCCCGGUCUCAGUGUGCUAGUUCCAGAGGUCUUAGGCAUGUCAUACUUUCGCCUGUCAACAUCUGGCGCCAUACGAUUUGCUGCCCCUGAACUCUUCAAAAAAUCCAGUCGCGGAGAAGUGCCCCUGCCAAGUAUAUCCGGUGAUAGGUAUUCAUUGGGCAGUAUCAUUUACCUCGUCCUUUCGGGCUCGCUACCAUAUUCCACCUUGAAGGACAGUGAUGUGCUCGUCGAGUUGCUUCUGGGAGUCGCCCCAGCGUCACCUUCUGAUUUGGACAAAUCCAUCACUCGGGAGCAGUGGCAGUUCAUCCAAGGGUGUUGGUCAGAAAUGCCCCAAAAUCGCAGGACGACAAGCGAAGCUCUCGAGUUUGUAGAUGUCAAUCUCGCUCUCUACGUUCCUUUCAGGGCUAUAUCCUUGACUACAGCAGAAAUGCACUCGAGGUCGAGCAAGACAGACGCCACAAAGCCUCGGUUAGUUUUGAGUCGCAGAGACUUCUCCCCGGGCGAUAUGUUACCUCCAGAUAUACAGGCGAGUUUAGCGGUCGGUUUACGUCGCUCGCGAAAUCCUGCGAAAGCUGCUGAGGCUGCUGUAUCUGUCAUUUUAAACGACAUUUUCGACACAAGUCAUGUCGUACCUCAGUGGGAUUCCAAGGAAACAGAACACGCUGUAAUUAGUCACGCGUAUAAUGUUCUCGUCGAAGAUAUCAAGAUGAUCAGCGAUGCAUUACGAGUGUUGCAAACAACCAACCCGAAGUGUGUGCUCAUUCUUGCGAACUGCUGAUGGUCUGUUCUAAU